GUACGAUCAAUUUUCCCAUAGAUGGCCAUUAUCUAGAGCAAGGAUUGGUGGAUCAUUGAUUCUAGUAUCAACAUCCUACCACUUUCACUCUAUGAAUAUAUAGGUCUAGUCGACAUGGAGAUUCAUAUGGAGAUCAAGUUAUCAUAUAACACCCCAUGACAACCUUUUGGAGUAGUUUUAGGAUUGAGCAUCCAAAUUGGGACAUUCAUAUUCUUUCUAGACUAUAUUAUAAUCAAGACGAAGAUAGAAACCCCAUAUUUCUUGAUAUUAGUAGCCCAUUACUGGCCAAUGUCGGUGCCAUGAUGAAUGCAUCAAAAGGAAAGGUCACACUGCAUGUGGGAGAGAUCAUGCAUCGGGUAAGAAGGUCUACUGAAGCUAAAACUAUAAACCAACCCAUCAACGUUUAUGAUUUUGAGAAGAACGAAGAGACUGAGUCGUAGAUAGAGAUCUAGACAAGAUUGAUAUCUCUAAAUGAUGAUUCCUUAAAUGCAACAUAUCAUCAUUACUAUGAAUAUCUAAUAUGGGGAGAUGAGUUGAAAGAAGCUUCACCAACUCCAUAUUGGAAACUAGCACAAAUGGCACUCAAGAUAGCCAGUACAAGACCCAAAUCAAUACUAGAAGAUCGAGGAGUUGUAGUACAAAAGCAUCAGAGGAAUAUCAAGAGUUCAUUCACCACCAUCGAUAAAAAUGGAUUAAAUCCACAUCUCAUAGUGCCAACACUGAUCAAUUCCAGCAGAUGGGGUGAUGAAUGGACAUCAAAACUCGAUUGGCCAUCCGAUUAGAGCAUGUUUUUGAAGAAUGAUGGGAGUAUCAAGCUCCUUUUUGUUUUUAUAUUUUGGAUUUCAUUUAGGAUUUGAAGCAUUAGCUCUCUCCAUUAUCUAUCUUUGUUUUGUUUGUUUAUUUAGAAUCUCACUAAAUAAGAUGAGUGUUAGUGGCUUAAGCCAUCUAUAUUGAAAUAAGUAUGACAAAUGAGGUAACCCGUUCCAACCUUUGAUAUAGCUCACUAUCUUUUAGUCCAUUGAGCACAUUGUUCAUUUUAAGGUGUGGGAUGGAAAUGUGUUGUAAUGUUUUACGUGAUUAUGCUUUAUAGAUUCUAUAUCUUUCGUCGUUCAAUUUCGACAUUUUUAUCCAAUGUUUUUAGUUAUGUUAUAUGUGCAUUUUUCAAUAAUUCUAAAGAUGUAUCAUCCAUUUAUUGGCUUGAGUGGUCGAAUUUUUUUUUUACAUGAUAAGAUUUUAGAAAAUUUUCUUCAACUCUUGUCAUCUCCUACAAGAAUGUUCACUGCUCAUCUUACUUUGAAUCAAUGAGUCUAUGGAAUGUCAUCUGAUCUAGAGAGAAUAGUGCAGUGACUAUGAAGGAUGUGAUAUUCAAUGAGAUAUAAUGAACAUUUGAUAUGUUUGAAUGCUAUGUUUUUUAUUCAUUCAUAGAUUUCUUAUUAUGGGAAGGAGCCUCACUUUUUAAAAGUUUUUUUUACAUAGGGUGAACUAUAUCUUCUACAAAAUGUAAGAAAUACAUAUCAAGACAUGUUUUUAUCAUUCAAAAUUGCCAUGUUAUGUUAAGAAAUUCAAGUAUGGGGUAAACCCAAAGUGUGAGGCAUCUUUUCAUUUCACAAAAUUGGGUUUUUGGAAAAUAUACUAGUUGAGAUUAAGUGGUGAAGUCCUACUAAGUUAUGCUAGUUCCUCUCUAGUACAAGUAAAAUUUCCACUUGUUGAAUGGAUAGCCAACUUGAGGAUGUGUCCUUAAUGGCACAGAUAAAUCUUCCGACACCCGUUAGUUUCAUUGACCCUCCACGCGAAUUGAUGUAUAUGAGCUUCUAAUUAUUGCUCAACCAAUAAACACCUAACACUCGAGGAAAUAACUACACAAGAAAAUCACAAAAAAGUGAUGCCCUCUAGAAAAUCUAAGAAAAUUUUAAAAGUGAUGGUAUAUGUGUUCUAAUAAGGAAACAUGUGCUUAAAGAAUAUGCCAAAUGGUAUAAUCAUUCAAAGCUCAAAAAAUGUUUAUCAAAAGCUUCACCCUAUGUAUUUUGAGACUCUAAUGCAUGAUUAGUUGUCUGUACUCUGAUUGGAUUGCAUGUUGUUCUUUCAUGUUAACGUGGUUAGGAUUCCUCGUGCUAUAGUUGACCUUGUAAGAGAGAACCAUAUCGAAGGAGCUCGACAAAAUGACCCCAUAACUUCGGGAGAAGUAGCUCAACUGAAAGGGGGAAUAUGUGAACACGAACAAACAAAGUUGCUCGACUGAAAGGAGAGGGGUGAUGACUCGGUAUUUGCACAUGUUUUCCCCUUUGUUUCUUGAUUGUUUGAGCUUGAAUUAUUGCGUCUUUGGCCUAUUUUAUGCUAGGUUGUGUUCCUUUGUCCCAUUUCAGGUCCUAGCACAUAAAUUGAAGCAUAGGCGCAAGUUUCAAGUCAAUCAGAGAUCAAUUGACGAUUCGAGAGAAGAAACUCGGGCAUGACCUGAAGAAGAAUGGAUUUCUACCUCUCUUUAUGGACAAAGAAUCAUGCAAGCUUGUUAUGAAACGAAAGAGGACGAGACUACGAGCGUCUGGGAUCAAACGGCGAUUGAUUCGGAGUCCGGACGAGGGAGAAACGAAGCAUUAAACAGAGGCUGAGCAAGCUGCACGGGCAGACCAGCGUGGCCACGCACGGCCGUGCAAUUGACCAGUUUGGCCGUGCGGGAUUGUGCGUGGGCACGCACGGGAUUGUGCGUGGCCACGCACGGCCGUGCAACAUACAAUUCUGGCCGUGCGAGUUGGCUGAGGUUCAACUAAUUGAUACGCCGAGUUUUGAGGUGCACGGCCAGAAUGGUGAUGUGCACGGCCGUGCACCCUGGCCGUGCGAGUCGGGAAUGGCUGUUUUUAACCCAAAUUCGAGCCAAAGGAGAGGGAGAGCUGGGUUUUGGAUCCCAAACACCCAAGGGACGAACCCUAGAGAGAGAGAGCGACUUGGAAACAUUCUUGGAGCUAUUUUGGAGGAUUUCUUCGCCAUUGGAGCUCGGGAAUCAAGCUUGGAGAUGGAGAUUGAAGAUCUAGAUCAGAUUUCUGCAGUCUCUCUCUUCUCUAUGGAGUAACUUCCCUUCACUUAGGUUUUGAGGAACCCUAGUUCCAUGAGUUAGGAUCUUUCUUGUAUGAAGUUUUGGAUGCUAUAUUGUUUGAUUAUAAUCGAAUGAUGCAUGUUUAUUGAGUCAAUUGAAGUCUGAUCAACUUUUCCUGAUUUCUGCUGCAAUCUGAGAUAGAUAGAAUCUGAUUAGGUUGCUAGAGUCUCAUCAUUCGGUAGUAGGAGAUUGGCUAUACGAGAGUUAGCCAGUUUACUGCUUUGUACUGGAAUCCAAUUCCAGUAGUGGAGUUCUGUGCUUAUUGCUUCAGCUUUCUAUCCCGGUGAAGGCUAGUCGUCUGCCGGAUAGUUAGACUGAGAGGGCUUGGUCAGCUUAAGAGAUUCCAAGCUACUGUCGGAUCUUCCGCAGUUUAAUCAACAGUAAAUCAACCAAAAUGAAUUACAACUUGGACCUAAUUGAGGAGCUAGGGGGAAUCAUACCUAAGUGAGUUCCCAAACUGUAAUUAGUAGUUUUACUUAGUUUAGUUAGUAGAGUAGUUUAGUUAAUCAAUCCUUAAUCUAGUUCGCUAGAUAAUGAACUGAAGCUGAGUAAUAGUAACUCUAGAGACCCGUGGAUUCGAUAUUUAUUACUUGUGCCACUAUACUGCAGUCCCUUUCAUUGGUUACACUUGGCCAUUGUUAGGUGUUGUGUUUUAGAGCAUCAAGUUUUUGGCGCCGUUGCCGGGGACUUUCUAGAGUAUUAGGAAAGGCAGAAGUUUGUUACUUUAGCGUUUUUCUUUUCUUUUCUUUUCCACCCUUGCUUUUCACUUGGGUAUUUUUGUUUUUGUUGGUGCAGAUCUGAAUCAUGGAUCCUAAUGGCUUCUCCAACCAGUGGGGGUAUCCACCACCAUCCGAGUGGUAUUACCCUGAGACUCCCUGGAGCAAUCAAGGAGGAGAAGACUAUGGAUUCGGAUUCCAGUACCAACCCCCUUUCUACGGAGAACAACCAGACCCCUGGGCAUAUCAAGAACAAUCUCCUUAUCAAGAAGAAUUCCUCCCACAACAAGAAGGGCCAUCGGAUCUGGAGUUACCCAUGGCGGCCUUCACGGGCCAUUCUGCAGAGCCAUGCUACACUCCACAGCCAGAUCCAAACUAUGAAUUGAGGCUUCUCGUGGAGCAGAUUGCUCGAGUACCUGAGAGAUCUUUUCCCGAGAUGGAUCCUCAUAUCCAGGCCAUUGCCCAAACUGACUUUUCCUUCCCCCAUGAAACAGAGGAUACCAUCCGGAGCAUAAAGAAGCACUUAGAGGUCAUUGAGAAAGCUUGUUCACAGUUUUCUCAAGACAACCUUUAUGCUGCCAUACAAGUAGAGGAGGAGGAAGAAAGAGGCAAUCAUGAGGAUGUUGAGGAGCAUACAGAAGUUGUCACAGAAAGCUCCCAUGAUAAUCAUGAUCAAGUGUAUCCUCUGGUGGUAGAUCAUAACUUUCACCAUUUCCGCUCUGACAUGCUGGGCUCGAGUGAGGAGAUGCAAGCUGAACUUAUCGAGAACCUUGCAUGGAGACUUGCUCUCCGAUUCGUGCUGGAAGAAGAAGAGCAAGAAAGGGUGCAGAAAGAAGUUGUGGAGGAUGACAAAAGUGAAGCAGAAGGAGUUCUUGAUCUUUUCUCAGGGGUGAUACCACAUGAAGAAGAAAGGGGGGUUGAAAAAGCAAUUGGCGUCCAGGCUGAGGACGGAGUUGAGGUGGAAGAGGCCUGCACCGGCCAUGAGUUACAUGUGAUAUCUCCACCAAGCUUCGAGGAACUACUUAGCAAGGACCCAUUUGCAGUGUCUCUUUGCCAAACCAAGGCCACAUCGACAUCGGUCCCUCUUGGUGGACGCGAUGGUGGCCAAUCGAUGCUGUCAUAUCUGGUUUGGGGCAAUGAGACGAGAGAAGAGAAGAAGAGGUCUCGAGGGUGGAGACUUCAUCUGCAUCAAGUACACGAGCCUUCAUCACCUGCCACACCACAUGCUCGUGACUUGAGACUCCACCUCAUCGACGAGAACCUCAACUUCAAGGAGGUUCUAGCAUGGACCGAAACUUAGGAGCCAUCGUCCGGCUCACGACGUGAAAGAAGCGCUUGUUGGGAGGCAACCCAACCAGUCGGUUUGCAUUUCUUUCUCUAUUUCUCCUCGGUUGAGUCAGUUUUGUUAUUUGAUUUUAGAGUCAAUAACUCAACCUUUGUGAGAUUUUGUGUGGUGUUUGUGUUCUGAUUACUCUCUCUUCCUGGAAUGCACCGCCUGACCCAUUCAUCAUCAUUCACCCUUGAUCUGGUAACUUCGUUCUACCCUCCUUAUCUUUCCUCCAUUGAGGACAAUGUCGUGCUUAAGUGUGGGGGGAUGUUCGAUUAUGUAUGCGGAUGAAUGUUUGGCUGUUUGUGUGCUUGGAGCCUAGUCCACUGUCCAAAUUUUUAAAUUUGAGGGCUCCAAGUACGUGUUCCAUGCAAUUGCCUGCUCAGUAUGCUUUGAAUUGACAGUCUUUACAGUAAUAUGCAACCUAGGGAGGUAGUGUAGCACUAUGGAGGAUGUUGAUGCAUUUAAGAAGUCUCAUUUCUUCUUCAUAUUGAGUUGGUUGAUUGAGUGAAUUAGUGAUCUUAGGACCCUUGAAUUGUGUGGUGUUGUGGAUUCUCUACCUGUCAUGGACUCUUGUAUCAUGUUUUGAGUUUAACAGGUGCUCGAAAAUGUGCUUCAAAAUAACGUCUCCCGUGCGAAUAGGGCGAAAGUGUGUAAGGGGAGACGGGAAUUCGUUCCCAAUUUCCACCUACUACCUCCAGCCCCCUUACAUGUCUUUCCCCCGCACGAGGCUCGAGACAUCCGCUCCUGGCAUGGCCGGUAAGAGCAGGUUGGGACCCUUGAAAAAGAAAAGAAAAGAAAAAUAUCAGAAAACAAGCAAAACAAAAAAAAAAGGGGUCUCAACCAUCUUCAAGAAGCAGAAAAUAGAGCACCUUGAAAAAUGUGAGUCCAUGAUCUGUUGUUUUUGAGAAUCUCCUCAUCCACAAUUCAUUUGUCCUCUGUUCACUAUUUGCCAUGAUGCCGACUCGCCGAAGAAGUUAUGAGAUGACUUGUGCGUCGGUUGACCUUGUAAGCUGCUAAAUGAUCUAGGAAGUCCUCUACCUACGAUCUGGGUUGUUUGUUGCUAUAGAGGUCUGGAGAGUUGCAUUGGUUUGAGUUAGGUUUGCUUGGGGACAAGCAAACAGUUAAGUGUGGGGGGAUUUGAUGACUCGGUAUUUGCACAUGUUUUCCCCUUUGUUUCUUGAUUGUUUGAGCUUGAAUUAUUGCGUCUUUGGCCUAUUUUAUGCUAGGUUGUGUUCCUUUGUCCCAUUUCAGGUCCUAGCACAUAAAUUGAAGCAUAGGCGCAAGUUUCAAGUCAAUCAGAGAUCAAUUGACGAUUCGAGAGAAGAAACUCGGGCAUGACCUGAAGAAGAAUGGAUUUCUACCUCUCUUUAUGGACAAAGAAUCAUGCAAGCUUGUUAUGAAACGAAAGAGGACGAGACUACGAGCGUCUGGGAUCAAACGGCGAUUGAUUCGGAGUCCGGACGAGGGAGAAACGAAGCAUUAAACAGAGGCUGAGCAAGCUGCACGGGCAGACCAGCGUGGCCACGCACGGCCGUGCAAUUGACCAGUUUGGCCGUGCGGGAUUGUGCGUGGGCACGCACGGGAUUGUGCGUGGCCACGCACGGCCGUGCAACAUACAAUUCUGGCCGUGCGAGUUGGCUGAGGUUCAACUAAUUGAUACGCCGAGUUUUGAGGUGCACGGCCAGAAUGGUGAUGUGCACGGCCGUGCACCCUGGCCGUGCGAGUCGGGAAUGGCUGUUUUUAACCCAAAUUCGAGCCAAAGGAGAGGGAGAGCUGGGUUUUGGAUCCCAAACACCCAAGGGACGAACCCUAGAGAGAGAGAGCGACUUGGAAACAUUCUUGGAGCUAUUUUGGAGGAUUUCUUCGCCAUUGGAGCUCGGGAAUCAAGCUUGGAGAUGGAGAUUGAAGAUCUAGAUCAGAUUUCUGCAGUCUCUCUCUUCUCUAUGGAGUAACUUCCCUUCACUUAGGUUUUGAGGAACCCUAGUUCCAUGAGUUAGGAUCUUUCUUGUAUGAAGUUUUGGAUGCUAUAUUGUUUGAUUAUAAUCGAAUGAUGCAUGUUUAUUGAGUCAAUUGAAGUCUGAUCAACUUUUCCUGAUUUCUGCUGCAAUCUGAGAUAGAUAGAAUCUGAUUAGGUUGCUAGAGUCUCAUCAUUCGGUAGUAGGAGAUUGGCUAUACGAGAGUUAGCCAGUUUACUGCUUUGUACUGGAAUCCAAUUCCAGUAGUGGAGUUCUGUGCUUAUUGCUUCAGCUUUCUAUCCCGGUGAAGGCUAGUCGUCUGCCGGAUAGUUAGACUGAGAGGGCUUGGUCAGCUUAAGAGAUUCCAAGCUACUGUCGGAUCUUCCGCAGUUUAAUCAACAGUAAAUCAACCAAAAUGAAUUACAACUUGGACCUAAUUGAGGAGCUAGGGGGAAUCAUACCUAAGUGAGUUCCCAAACUGUAAUUAGUAGUUUUACUUAGUUUAGUUAGUAGAGUAGUUUAGUUAAUCAAUCCUUAAUCUAGUUCGCUAGAUAAUGAACUGAAGCUGAGUAA